AUGGCUAUUAAAAUCAACUCUAUUGGUGUUCAUGGUUGGGGCGACAUGAGAAGUCUCACCGUCCAGUUUAUUACUGGACGGUGGUUCAUCGUGUUCGCCUCCUUUCUAAUCAUGGCAGCCGCCGGAGCCACCUACAUGUUCGCCCUAUACUCCGGCGUCUUAAAAGAAACACUUGCCUAUGACCAAAGCACACUCAAUCUCCUCAGUUUCUUCAAAGAUUUUGGUGCCAACGUUGGUAUCCUUGCCGGAUUAGUCAACGAAAUAUAUCCACCUUGGGUAGUUCUAACAAUCGGUGCUGUUCUCAAUUUCUUUGGUUACUUCAUGAUUUGGUUAUCAGUAACUAAGAAAAUAGCAAAACCAAAAGUUUGGCAAAUGUGUCUCUACAUAUGCAUUGGUGCUAACUCUCAGUCUUUCGCAAACACCGGUUCGCUUGUUACCUGUGUGAAGAAUUUCCCGGAAUCUCGCGGCGCUGUUUUGGGAGUUCUUAAAGGCUAUGUUGGUCUCAGUGGCGCUAUCAUCACACAGCUUUAUUCUGCUUUUUACUAUGAUGACCCCAAGGCUUUGAUUUUGUUAAUAGGCUGGCUUCCGGCGGUUGUUUCUUUCGCGUUUCUUCGAACCGUUCGAUACAUGAAACCUGUUCGACAAGUUAACGAGAUUAAGGUUUUUUAUAAUUUCUUGUAUAUUUCACUCGGUCUUGCUGGUUUUUUGUUGGCCAUGAUUAUCAUACAGAAGGAGGUUAAUUUCACACAGAGUGAGUUUGGUUUAAGUGCUGCAGUGGUUAUUUUCUUGCUUCUUCUUCCACUUCUCGUUGUUUUCAUCGAAGAGAAAAAGAUUUGGCAGAGUAAGAAACUCGCUUUGGUUGAUUCUUCGCCGGUGAAAAUAGUAACAGAAGGUGAAAUUGCAGAAACUGAAAGAGUCAACGCUGUUCAUUCAGUUUCAGUUUCAUCUCCGAAGAAAGAUCCGAAAUGGUACGAAGAUGUGUUUCAUCCACCAGCAAGAGGUGAGGAUUAUACAAUACUUCAAGCACUUUUCAGCAUUGACAUGUUGAUACUAUUCGUGGCAUGUAUCUCCGGUGUUGGUGGAGCAUUGACAGCGAUCGAUAAUCUUAAUCAGAUUGGAACAUCGCUUCGAUAUCCGAAGAAAAGCAUAAGCACUUUCGUUUCAUUAGUAAGUAUAUGGAAUUAUCUCGGACGAGUUUUCUCAGGAUUUGUUUCGGAACAUGUUCUAGUAAAGUACAAAUUCCCUCGUCCUCUCAUGCUCACUUUGAUUCUCUUUAUCUCAUGUAUCGGGCAUCUUCUGAUAGCAUUCGAUGUUCCGAACGGUCUCUAUGCAGCAUCGGUUAUCAUCGGGUUUUGUUUUGGCGCGCAAUGGCCAUUGCUUUUCGCGAUAAUUUCUGAACUUUUCGGACUUAAAUAUUAUGCAACAUUGUAUAAUUUCGGAAGUGUAGCGAGUCCAUUAGGGUUAUACGUUCUUAACGUGAUGAUCACCGGUCAUUUGUACGACAAGGAAGGUAAAAAACAAUUGGAAGCACUCGGACGAACCAGAAAAGAAGGACAACAAUUGAAUUGCGUUGGUGUUGAAUGUUUCAAAUUGUCUUUUAUUAUUAUUACAGCCGCAACUUUUUUUGGCGCAGUUGUCUCACUUAUUUUAGUGGCGAGAACGAAAAAGUUUUACAGAGGUGACAUAUACAAGAGAUAUAGAGAAGAAGCUGAAAUGGUGGAAGUAAAGAAAGAAGGAGAUGCCAAAGUUGAUCAACCACAUGUGGUAACAUCUUAG